AUGCCGUCAGCAACUCCCAUUAACAGUACAGCGGCCGACCCAACAGCAUUCAAAGUCGCCAUCAUCGGUGGUGGGAUUGGAGGCCUCACAACCGCCCUUAGCAUCGCAUUUCAGAACCCAACUCUCCAGCACAUCACCGUCUAUGAACAGGCUCCAGCCUACAAGGAGAUCGGCGCCGGCAUUGGCAUCGGCGUCAACGCUGCCCGCAUCUUGAAGAAACUGGGCGUCUGGGAAGCUGCCAACGCAAUCUCCGGCGAACGCAAUGGCGUGCACCGAAGCUGUCGACGAUAUGACACGGGUGAGGAAAUCGUGGCCGUGGGCGCAAUGGACGAGAACACCGAUGGUGGAGUUAGGCAACUGAGCGUGCACCGUGCAGAGAUUCUGGAUGUCUUGUACCAGGAACUGAGACAGAACUACAAAGGUCGCGUCACGCUCAAGACGGAUAUGAAGGCUACUAAAGUCGAGGACUGUGGUGACGAAGUGACAAUCCAAUUUACAAACGAGACAAACCCAGCGGAGACGGCAAAUCUGGUCAUCGCCUGUGAUGGCAUCCACAGCACCAUUCGAUCACAAUUUGCCCUGGACAAGCCUCGAUACAGUGGCCGCAUCGCCUACCGAGGUCUGCUCCCACUCAGCGCCAUCAGCGCUAAAUGGCCUUAUCCCAGCUACGCGGUGAGCUGGCUGGCCCCGGACAAGCACUUCCUGGUAUUUCCGAUCUCGCAAAACAAGACGCUCAACGUCGUGGCGUUCGUGACCAAGCCGGAGAGUGAGCUUGGAGAUUUGAAGGAGAGCUGGACCAGCAGUGCUCCUCGCGAGGAGCUCGAGCGUGAGUAUGCAGGCUGGGAACCGACCGUCGGAGCGGUAAUUCGCGAGAUGGAAGCUCGCCCGGGUAAAUGGCGCCUCAACGACCGCGAACUGCUCGAGCAGUGGACGUAUCUGAAUGGCAAGGUCGUGUUGGCUGGUGAUGCUGCCCACGCUAUGCUGCCACAUCAAGGCUCCGGCGCCGGCCACGCCAUUGAAGACGCCUACAUCCUCGGUCUCGUCGUCCGGGACUACUUCUCCAAUCCCACUCCAGGCGUAGCCGCAUACACCGCGUUGUAUCAAGCUGUCCGCCGGCCCCGUGCUCAAAAGGCCCAGAUCACCAGCCGCCAGGCGGGUGAUGUGUACGAGAUGCAGGGCAAGGAGUUCGAAGGCAUCACCUCGUACGAGGAUUGUCUACCGAUCGUGCGCGAGAAGCUCGCCGGCCGGAUGAAGUGGGUCUGGGGUCACGAUCUCGAGGCCGACUACCAGAAGGCACGCGAGGAGGCCGGGCUGGCCGCGCAGACUCAGCUGAAAGCACUGCCCAAGGCGAAUGGGACUGUGAAUGGAAUCGUAAACGGGGCGACGAACGGCAAGAUCGGCGCAGCUCAGGCUGGAGUCAGUGUACAGGAAGUCGAGGCAUGA